AUGGAAGUGAAGUACUAUGAGGAAUCGCUAAACCUCCACACUGACGAAUCGGCGUCCUGUGCUUUCGCCCUUGCUCGACGCGCAGCGCUGCUAUCAGAAGCGGAUGCAAGCAUCGACGUGUCAGCCUUCGACGACCGUACUGUAAACGUAUUAAAACCCAAAGGAAUUGUCAUUGAAGCAGCAAUGUGCUUAGCACGCAAUAGUGUUGGUGAAGAAUGCUACGUUGCUGAUGAAGUAAUUGUUGCUCGCAGCAAAGCUCGAGUUCGUGUUGGUAAUACUGAUGCAGAAGGCAGAAUGGUUAUGGCUGAUGUACUGUGCCGGGCCAAGGAACGUGCUCUAAAUGCUGUGAAUCCCCAUCUCAUGACUAUUGCUACCUUAACAGGACAUGCUGUUCUGAGUGUUGGAAGUGGAUAUACUAUAUUAAUGGAUAAUGGACCAGCCAAGUCUGUUGACAAUGCUAAGAAGAUUCAAACAGCAGGUGAACACUAUGCUGACAUGUUUGAAAUAAGCACUAUUCGCCGAGAAGAUUUUGCAUUCCAUGCAGGAAAAUCUGAAGGAGAUGACGUACAUCAAUGUAAUAAUCUUCCCUCAUCUCGCACACCUCGUGGUCACCAAACACCUGCAGCCUUUCUUCAACUUGCUUCUGGACUGGACAAAAAUGGGAUAGAUUCUGACAAGCCUUUAAAAUUCACGCAUAUUGAUGUUGCUGGUGCUGCAGGCGAUUUGCCCAAUGAGCCUACUGGAGCGCCAAUCAUUGGCCUUACAGCUCACUUCCUCAAAGGUCGUUACACACUAUAACCUUAUGCUUUCAAUCAUCAAAAUGGAAUCAAGCUGAAAGAUCCAUAUACAAAUAAUAC